UGUUUAGUGACAAGUAACGUCGAUGAAAUGAAAGAAAGGGUUAUCCAAAAAAAAGGGCGUUUUCAAGUAACUAAAGGCGACCAAGAAAAGGUUAUUAUUCAAACUCCUACAACGGCUUUACCUUCUCCGAAAAGUGAAAGAUUAGCGAAUCAUUCGAAUUGUUUGUUUUCACUACUACAAUCUAUUUUACAAGCUAAUGCCGCUCAAAGGGAAAACCUUUUUGGUAUGGUGAAACAAAUUUCAUCCACUUUGGUUAAUGGAAAUUGCAACGGUAAUGGAGGAUGUACUCAUGCUAUUAUUGUAGCCAUUGAAAAAUCUUUGCUUGAAAUUAGUCAAAACAAAGAGAAGGAACUACAUCAAGAGAUUACAAUGCUUCAAUCGAGGAUAAAUCGUAUUGAAGAAGAGCUCCAAAAAUCUAAAACAACACUUAACACUCCUAUCAAUAAUUAUUAGAAUUAUUAGAGUACAAAAGAAAGUAAAUUAACUCAAUUAAGCUCGGGUAUCUAUAUAAAACAUAAAUUGUUGUAUUGGGAAUACUAUAAUGUGGUUAUUUUUGGGUUUAAGGUUAAUUUUUUCUCUUUCUUGAUGAAUGCA